AUGAAAAUACUAAGUUGGAACAUCUUCGGGCUUGGCAACCCGAGGUCAGUUAGAGCCCUCCAAGAUCUUUGUUGGAGGGAAAGGCCAGAAUUGGUGUUUGUAAUGGAAACUAAAGUUGAUGCUAGUAUUUUAAAUAAAAUUCGAAAUCGUUGUGGUUAUUCGAAUGGUCUUUGCUUGAGUAGUAAUGGUAGUUCGGGUGGUGUGGGGUUUUGGUGGAAAGAUGUGAAUGUUGAUAUUGUGUCGUACUCUUUACAUCAUUUUCAUGCAAAUGUGCUCGAUGUUAAUAAUACUCCUAUAUCGCGGGCCGUUGGAUUAUAUGGUUGGCCGGAACAAGCUAAUAAACAUCAAACAUGGUCUCUCAUGUCUAAAAUAAAAUUGGCUUCUAAUCUCCCUUGCAUUAUGUUCGGUGACUUCAAUGAGAUUUUGAAUUUAUCGGAGAAGGAAGGUGGUGUGGUAAGAAGUGAGAGAUUGAAGGAUUCUUUCCGCGAAGCUAUUGAUAGAUGUGCUCUUCGUGAUUUGGGGUUUAAAGGCAGUAUCUUUACAUGGGAGAGGGGCAACUCCAUGUCUACCUUUGUCCGAGAACGACUUGAUAGGUUCCUUGCCGAUGAGAGUUGGUGUUCUAUGUUCUCGAACCAUGAGGUUAGGAAUCUUCCAAUCCUUAAAUUGGAUCAUGCUCCGAUUUUAUUGACUACCGAAAAGAAAAAUUCUGAUGAGGGGGGUGACACGGGGUUCAAGUUUGAGCAGCUUUGGCUCUAA